GAGAAAGGAGAGAAAUAGGCCCUAGGAAAAACAGUCACAUUAUCGUCCAAGACCAAGAGAGAAGCAACGAGCAUUGGAAUUUAGAAAUCGCAGAUUCAACGGUUAAGUGCUGAUUCCCCUUGCAGCUGCGGUUUCUUCACUCUUCUUCUCUAGGGUUUUUGAACUUGACCAUGUCUUCCCCUACUCAUUUCGACGAUGACUUUGAUUUCGGAGGCAGUUUUGGCGGAACGCAUUCAGGUAGCAAGAGGUCAUCUCCCGACUAUGACGAGGAUGAUUAUGAGAAUGAUCCUUUUGGACAGAAGAAGUCCAAAUCAAAAGCUGAAGAAGCUGCUUCUGGCGUCACAACAGGAAUGAUUUUGUCUCUUCGUGAGAGUCUGCAGAACUGUAAGGAUACGCUUGCUAUAUGCCAAAAUGAACUUGAGGAUGAAAAAUAUGAGAUUAAGAAGUGGCAUUUUUCAUUUCAAAAUGAACCUUUUAUAUCUGCUGGGACCACUCCAGCACCAAAAUUGGUGAUUAAUUAUCUUCAAGCUCUGAAAUCAUCUGAAGAGUCUUUAAGAGAGCAGCUUGAAAAAGCAAAGAAAAAGGAAGCUGCAUUCAUUGUCACAUUUGCAAAACGAGAACAAGAAAUAGCAGAGUUGAAGUCUGCAGUACGGGACCUGAAAGCGCAACUCAAGCCAGCUUCUAUGCAGGCAAGGAGGUUGUUGCUAGAUCCAGCAGUUCAUGAAGAAUUCACUCGAUUAAAGAAUUUAGUUGAGGAAAAGGAUAAAAAAGUAAAGGAGUUGCAAGAUAACAUUGCUGCUGUAAAUUUUACCCCACAAAGCAAGAUGGGGAAGAUGCUGAUGGCUAAAUGUAGAACCCUACAGGAGGAAAAUGAGGAGAUUGGGAAUCAGGCAUCUGAGGGCAAGAUGCAUGAAUUAUCAAUGAAACUUUCAGUACAAAAAUACCAAAAUGCAGAACUCAGAAAUCAAUUUGAAGGGUUGCAAAAACAUAUGGAUGGAUUGACAAAUGAUGUGGAUAGAUCCAAUGAAAUGGUGUUAAUGUUGCAAGAUAAAUUAGAAGAGAAGGAUCUGGAGAUCCAAAGACUGAAAGAUGAGUUGCAACCAAAAAACCUCGUGGUGGACGGGAAAACAAAUCCGGCAUCUAAUAGGAAAGACGAUGAAACGAUACCCACGGAAGACGCUAACUAAUAUCAGUUUAGACAAAAAAGGUUAGUAAAUACUCAAAUUAGUUCCCGAAAAGAAUCACUGGGAAUGUUUUGAUCAUUAAAGGAAAAUUAUCAUUUCGUCCCCAAGAUUGUAAACAUAGAACACUUGAGCCCUUUUAUCCCAAAGAUAAAAGGAUUAAAUAGAUGAGUUUUUGGGGAUUGAAUUGGGUAAAGUGAAUCCUUCUAGGAUUGAAUUGAGUGUUUAUUCUGUGAAAGUGUUUGUACUGUCAAUUAUUUCUUUAGUAUCAUCUAAUAGUAGUAUAUUCCUUAAUUUCAAUUUAUAAUUCGAUUUUUUUUCUUCGCAAAUGUGCAAUUGUGAAUAUGCAAGGGGAAUGGUUUUGCUUCUGCUUGGCAAUCCGUAUGGAAUUACUACAAUGCUCGUUGCUUCUGUGGCACUUGUGAUAAUUAGAGCAUUCAGAAAUUUUUUACAGCUUUAGAUGGAUUGGUGUAGUAUCUUAGGAAAUUGUUUUUCGUUCAAAUUGUUGAGACAUUACUCCAUAUCACCUCAGUUUUCAUGCGCGUGAUCGCUGAAACAACACUAGGCGACUUGGCGUGAAUAUUCUCUACAGUUAUGACUUUAUAAUGUAGCAUUUGCAUUGUAGAUA